CUUAUUUAUACAUUCUUUCAAUAUAAAAUUAGAAGCGAUACAGUUUUAUCCUUCUUCGGAAACUUCGGGCGUCCAAAAAGAAAAUGAACAUAACUCAUAGAGUCCAUCAUAGGCAAAAAAUUACAUGUAAAGAGUUAUAAUCAUUAUCAACCAAAUUAAAGCUUUGUUUUUAAUUUUUUUCUAUUCGUCUAGAAUUUUAUUAUUUUCGCUUUCUUUUUCAUUUGUUGUUUUAAUUUAAGUUUUAUUUUCGUUUUGUUUUUCUGUGAAUGAUUAAUAAAUGAGCCAAAAUGGAAAAUUUGUGAUUAAUUUUGGGCAUUAGGGAGAUUUGGUCAAAGACUCAAAGAAAGCCAAGAAGGGAAUACGGUGUUGUUCCUUGUUUCCCCUUAUAUAGCUGAGGAAAUACGGUGUCGUUCUCCCAACUCUGAAUUCUGAAAGCGGAGAAACCCUAAUUUUAUCAAGUUUUGAGCAAGUUUAUUGUAGAUGGGAGAGCCUGAGGAUGGUGCAAAGCCAAAGAGAGUGGUUUUUGUGACAGUGGGAACAACAUGUUUUGAUGUGCUUGUGAAAGUGGUGGAUUCUCAGGAAGUUAAGGAUGAGUUAUUGAGAAGAGGAUAUACUCAUCUUCUCAUUCAAAUGGGUCGAGGGUCUUAUGUUCCUACAAAGUCUACUGGUGAUGAUGGAUCUUUGGAUGUAGACUACUUCACAUUUUCAUCAAGCAUUGCUGACCAUCUGAGAUCUGCGUCUCUUGUGAUCAGUCAUGCAGGUUCUGGGAGCAUAUUUGAGACCUUGCAGCUUGGCAAACCUCUAAUUGUGGUGGUCAAUGAAGAUUUGAUGGAUAAUCAUCAGAGUGAGCUAGCAGAAGAACUGGCAGACAGAAAACAUUUAUAUUGUGCUCGUCCUCAGAUACUUCACCAGACUAUAGCUGGUAUGGAUUUGAAGUCCCUCCUUCCAUACUCUCCAGGAGAUGCCACACCAGUGGCCAAACUCAUAAAUAGGUUUCUUGGUUUUCCAGAAGAUUAAUGAGACUGAAUAUAGUAAAAGAAAGUGAGCAGGCCUAAGGGAAACUUCUUGCUGUACUUUAUGGUCCAACAAUGCAGUUAUGGGUAUUUUGAUGUUCCAUUGAAAUUUGAAUAUACCCAAUGGGCCUUACCUGAAUAUUUAUUUUGCAGUUUUUAUUUCUCUGGCAGAAAGUGCCACUUGAGUUUCCAUAGAUAUCAUAUCUUCUCACAUAUUGUCACCCAUUUGGUAGAUAGUCUAAAACAUGUACUAUUAUAUUAACAGUUGAAUGAAAAUCCACUGCCCUGUUCUGUCUAA